AUGCCGCGACAACGCAUGACUCUGCCAGCCGGUCGCGAGGCGCUGGCACGCGACAGCCAGGUCCCGCUUCCAUCUUGGAGUCUCCACAUCAAUCGCAACAGUGUCGACCGAGUCAUCAGCGCUACGGGUGCGAACCCAGAGCUCGAUCUUGAUGACAUCAAGAAUACUCGCGUCCGUCGACAGGUUCGGACGAUGCUGGUGUACGUCUUGGAUGUCAAUGUCGAGAUGUGUUAUAUCGCUCUGAUGGAAUGCCACAAUGAGUUGGACGAUGCAAUAUGCCUGAUUCUUGAUGUGAAGGAGGAGCUCGAUCGGCAGGCGAAGGACCUACGUCUCCGUGAAGAGGACAACAGGCAAGUCACGCGAAGUGGAAAGAAGCUCACGCCAGCCGAGAUCGCAGCCAACCUUGACAAGCUGCUCUUUGGUGCUUCUUUUGACGACUCUGCCACUGAGGACGGUGCUACCGUCAGUGUCGCUAAGUACAAUUCGAUUACAUUGACCACCGAGCUCGAGAACGCAUCUACCCGUCCAAUCAAGACAACCAGUUCAUGCACGCAGACCAAAGCAGUCGGAUAUAGAAUCCUACCCGCAGGUCACCUUGACUCCAUCAGUCCAAUCGAGUACACCCUACCGAAGUGGCUCGAAGUUAACAAACGCGAGGAGGAGAGACAGGGCGCAGACAUGCGUAAGGCGACGACGACCGCCGCCUCCGAGUACGGCACUGAUGAAGAAUAUGAGUACGCCGAUAAGGAAUUCCGCGAGGCUGUGAUCGAACUCAAUGAGGACGAGAAGAUCGAAGAGGGCUGGAGCUUGAUCGACGGCACAAGCGGCGAGCUAUCGGAGGUCAAGCCUGAAGAUUUUAUCUACUGA